CUUCUCUCUCUAUAAAUGUGCGAUAUCGUCUCUUUAACAUCACAAAAAGUAAACCAACGACAUUUCAUUAACCUCUCCAAAACUAAAAACCUUGAAAAUGUCGAAGAGUAAGAUUCUGGUCGUGGGUGGCACAGGGUACAUCGGUAAGAGGAUUGUGAAGGCUAGUUUGGCUCAAGGUCACCCGACUUUUGUCCUUAUGCGUCGAGAAAUAGGUUACGAAGUUGAAAAGCUUCAGACGUUGUUAUCAUUUAAGCAACAAGGAGCUCAAUUAGUUGAAGGUUCAUUCUCCGAUCAUCAGUCUCUCGUGAACGCCGUUAAAGAAGUUGAUGUCGUGAUAUGCACCAUGUCAGGAGUGCAAUUCCGUUCACAUAACAUUCUUCUUCAGCUUAAGCUUGUUGACGCCAUUAAUGAAGCUGGGAACAUCAAGCGGUUUUUGCCAUCGGAGUUUGGAAUGGACCCUUCACGAAUGGAGCAUAGGGUUGAAUAUGGAAAGGAGACGUUUGAAGACAAGAUGAUAGUACGAAAAGCCAUAGAAGAUGCUAAAAUACCAUAUACAUAUAUUUCUGCAAAUUGUUUGGGGGGUUACUUUGUUGGCAACCUCUCCCAAACAAACACCCUUGUCCCACCAAAGAACCGAGUGUCUAUCUAUGGUGAUGGAAAUCAAAAAGUUGUUUUUAUGGAUGAAGAUGAUGUUGCAACGUACACGGUUAAGAGUGUAGACGAUCCUCGUACGUUGAACAAGACGUUGUAUCUUCGACCACAUGAAAACAUCCUUACGCACAACCAGUUGGUUGAGAAAUGGGAGAAACUCACCGACAAAACACUGCAAAAAGUACACAUUUCCGCUCAAGAUUUCCUUGCUUCCAUGAAAGAUUUGGACCAUGCUUAUAAAGCAGGAUUUGAACGUAUAUAUCAAAUUUUCUAUGAUGGUUGUUUGAUGAACUUUGAAAUCGGAGAACAUGGAGAAGAAGCUUCUAAUCUUUAUUCAGAAGUGAGAUACACUCGUAUGGAUGAAUAUCUACAACGAUAUCUAUAAUUGAUGCCAAAAGAGCUUAGUAUAUGCGUGUCUAUGACAAUAAAUUCAUAUAUCUCGCAUGUUGUUAGUUAAGUCUUUCUAUAAAUAUUCCGAUGUAUUUUAAUUAUAAAUGAAUUAUGUUGUAUCACUUAAACAUUUGGUUAAUAAAUCACUAGAAUCCAAGGUGCAUACUUGUCAUAAAUCUCUAAUUUGGCUAUAG